AUGACGCGAAAAGGAAGCGGAAGCACCACGGAACAGGCCAAUCUACCGCAGAUGCAAGAAGGAGGCACACGUGAGGGAACCGGGGCAGCAGCGAACGAACAGCAAAAGAACGAGAAAGAAGCAGCAAAUAAGAGCAACUCUUGGCAAGAGAACAGGCGAACCAGCGCGAAGAAUCAGCGAAGAGGUUGGCAGUGGGAUGGGCAGCGAAGCCUUGCGGGCAGGUCGCGCAGGGUAGUAUACCCUUCACUCCGUUCCUUCGUUUCAGGGCAUGACAAUGUGCAAUCUGCCCUCCGCGCAAUGUCAAAGUGGAUCCCUCCUUGGCUCAGCGUGGAUGUCUGUUGA